UGCAGAAUUUGAAUGCGUACACUAAAGUCACAGUAAAUUUGAAGUCGUAUAUAUUUAUUUUGCAUGUGUACUCUAAAGUAACAAAUGUGUAACAGUACAUUUGUAGUCGUAAAAAUUUUUUUACACCAUUGUAAACACAAAAUAGGGUACGCAAAUCUGUGUUACAGGUGCACAAAUCUUUUUGCUACAAUUAUUGCAGUGCAGUUGGUGCAAAACACAUUCGCACACCCGUGUUUAAUAAUCUGAGAACAUGCCCAAAAGGUGUGCAUUCGUAAACCCAAAUUUGAACUAAUGCAUCAGAAGUUGCACAUCUGUGAAAAAUUUCCUCAUAAAUAAAAUGAUAAAGAACCCUACGUUAAUUCAGCAUUUUAAUGAGCGAGCACAAAUUCGUUUUACAACUGCUCGAAUCUGCUCCUGCAAGUCUCAGCUGUGGGGUUUUUUGCAGGUAGUUUUGCAACACGCCUAGGUGGUAAAUGUGUAGCAAAAGUAUUCGUAUCCUCAGCCGUAGGCCAGAUUUCGUCCGUGGGCGGGACAAAUAGUUCCGCCCAUAAUUUCCUAAUCAAAUGAAAAUCGCCGGCAGGGAUGCGUUUCUCAAAUUACACUGGGACCCACCGCGUGCCAGCCAUCUUUCCGCGGGAUACGUUUCUUUCUGGAGAAGUGAAGAGGGCGUCCGACUGAACAGAGAUAAUGUACUUGAAUGCUGCAAACAACAACAAGGCAGCAACAAACCUGUCCUUCUUCACCGAAGCGGUAGAGAGAUUUGUUUUGCCUCAAAGGCAGAGGAGGAUGGCCUGCUGGAUCUGUCUAGCAAUCUCAACCACUUGUGUUGUCACUAUGUCUUCAUUCCACGUUUGCAAGCCAGACUGGAUGAAUUCAGGGAUGGCUGGGACAAUCACCCUCUGUCAACAGAGGGAAAUCGCACUCCCAAUCAACUGUGGUUCUUAGGCCAAUACCACUCCUCCAAAGACCAAGUUGAUGAGGAUUUACACAUUCCUCACAUCGACUGGGAGGACAGUGGCCUCAUUCCGGAUCCCAACUGUGGUGUCCAUGUGCCCGAGAGUGACUACCCUCUCAGGCCUGAGGAACUUGCGGGACUUCAUGCAGCAGUGGACCCACUGGCACCGUCCACAUGCAUGGGGGUGGACAUAUACAUGGCUGCAGUGCAGUACAUGCAAAGCUUAGGGUAUAUAUAAGAUUAUGUAUGUACCCUCAUUUCAGGAGUGAUUCUCAUUCUUCUCAUUCAGCUCCCAGAGCUGAAUGAUCUGAGAAUCACACACACAAACUUAUAUUUGGAUUAAAACGCAUGAAAAUAUAAAUGAAUGGUCUUAAUUUAUUUUCUUUGGCAAGUGACCAUGGUAUAAGCGGGAUAAUUCCCUUCGAGGUGUCCUACAUUAGUUCCGUCCGUUGAUGCUUGUUCAUUUGAAUGGAAAAAAAUUUUGACGGUCCAAAUGUUAAAAAU